AUGUCCAACUUCGAUUUCGAAUUUGAAAGUCAAGAUCCCUCAAAGGAGCAGGACUUCGGCACUAGAUCCUUCUGGGAAAACGGAGUCGAUAACGACGACGAUGAUGCAGGCGUCAACUUUGAAGGCACGUUCGGAGGUCUUUCCACUUUCUCUCCUGUCUCGGCUUCUAAAUCGAAUCAAGACUUCGAAAAUCAAGAUUUUGAAAUGGAAGACAAACAAUCUUUCCAGAAUGUAGCGAAAAGUGGGAAGAAGCAAGGUUAUGAUUCGGACAGCGAUAUUGACGCUGAUUUUGCAGGAGGUUGGGACAACGCGAAAAAUGAAGCGCCCUUUUCGGAUUAUGAAACGACGAACAAGUUUGAGUAUUCGACUAAGCGUGGUGAUGAUAUGGAAAGCUUCGAUGGUUUUGAUCAAAGUGAACCAAAUGAUGAGAGGUUUGGCUCCGAAUUUGAUAAAGUUAGUCGAAAAACUGGCAAGCGACGAAUGGACAGUGGAAAUAUGUCGAACGUUAAAUCUGAGUUUGGAUCCUGGAAAGAUGCGGUUGAAAUUGAUCAGCGACCAGUAAACGACCGCGACUUUGAAGAGGAAGAAACUUAUGAGCUUCCUGAAAAAUUCAGUACUCGCGGAGUUGAGAAAAAAGCCGACUUGAGUAACUUGUUUGGUAAAACCGAACCCACGAGCGUUAAAAAAGAGAUAAAGGAGCGUUUUUCGCCCAUACCAAAAGCGCAUGUAGCUCGUAAACAGUCGCCUCAAUCACCAGUGCUGGGUAAAUUGGGAUCCAUACAUGAAGAAAAGGAAGAUGAUGAUAGAAGGUUCCCGACUCCCAGGAGCAAAACCCGACGUCUGAAUCAAGAGUCCAAAGAUGCUAGGUCAUUGAGUCCGGAGACUUUAGAGUCGCCAUUUAGAAAACCAUAUCCGAUUAAGGACUCAUUUGCAGAAUCCAGCUUGAAUCGAAAGAACGGGACGCCGAAUAUUGACCUUGGACGUAGAUCAUUAGAGGCUAGAAAUGUCGCGAAAAUGGAUGAGUAUUUUGUGGAGGAAGAGGAAACUAUCGUUCCUAAACGUGAAGAAAUUAGAAAAACUGGAAAAACACGAGCUAGUCCGCUUCUUGUGAACAAACAAAUUUCCCGAGAAACUUCAAGAGAAAAUAGGACCAAAUCACCCAUCGAUAGCAUGAAAUUGGUCAGAGAAUCUCCUAAAUCCAUGAAUCAAAAAAGUAUUGCACCAAAGAAGGAAACUGGUCGAAAUAUCACCAAAGACACAAAAAUGCAAUCUAUGAUUAGAGCAAAACCUGGUAGUGUUAACGACGAAAGAGUCUUGAUCGACUUCAUAUCUGCUAGGCAGGCUGACAUAAAUGGCAAGAUGGUUAUGCACAAAGCAUUCGUCGAAAGGUCGAACCGGAGCACAGCCAGUCUGGUGAAGGCACUGGAAACAGUAAUGCAGUUGGGGGAGGAGUACAAGGACAAUCUGAGCAGUUCCACCAGUGACACCCAGAGGGCACUCCUCAAGGUACUGCAGGACUUGGCAGAGACAUUCGAACCCUCAUCCCAGAACAGCACCAGUGCUUAGAAUCAAAAUCUACAGACAUUGACUCAGUUGCUGAUGUU